AAGUAACAUGGUGUCAGGAAACGUUUCGUAUAUGCAGUUAGCACUAUUAAUAUUACGGUUUUGUUUGUGAACACCAUAUCAAUGAUAAUUUUUCUUAAUAAUUAGUUCUAGUAAUAUUAAUAACUAGUUGGAGAAAGUUUGGACUGUAUUUUCUCUUGUCUAAUUCAAUAAUUGGAUCGUUAAGCCUGGUGGUUAAGGUCAGGGAUUUCCAUUUGAACAGGCACCAGUGUAUAAAAAGAAAAUACGUGUAGGAACAAGGAAAAAGUUUUAAGAUAAUAUUCAUGCAAUUUAGUUAGCACUCAGUGUCCCAAGGUAACGAGUAACCGGAAUAUGGAGGGAAAAAAGAGCUCGACAGAGAAUUUAACUGCUAAUGACAGUGAAAAUAAACCUUUAGGGAAUAAUACGAGCAUUAGGCUUACUACUACGCACUUAGCUUCUGAUUCUAUUACAAGUAUUAGUACCAAUAAUGAUGUUACAGCAGAAACUGAAGGUACAAACAAUAUUAGGACAGUUGAUGAAGAAUUAGAUGCACUGUUGGACAGUGCACUAGAAGACUUCAGUAAGCCAUUGCAAAAAAUAUGUUCAGAAAAACCAAAACCAUCAGAGAAUGAAAAGUAUGAAAAGCAAAACAUUGGCAGUUCAGGAGCCAUAAAACCAUCUCCAGACAAAACAUCACAGUCAUUUGCAUCUUCAAGUAAAGCAUCAACUAAAGGCAAUGCAGAGAAAAAGUUUUCAACUGAUCAUCCAUGGGGACUUGAAUUUCAACAGUUUGAAGAAGCUAUGAAGAAGUUAUUGGAUGAAGAUCCAGCUUUAAAAAGUCAGUUGGACCAGUUAACAGACAGUACAGCAUGUGCUUCAUCAGAUGAAGAAUUUACAGCAUCCUUAGCUGAAACUUUGAAAGGUUUAGCAGAAAACACCCAAUCUAUCAAUGAACCUCCAUCUGAAUCAGAAGUAACUCAACUACUUAGUGCUCUAGGAAUGGCAGCAGAAGCAUCAGGAGAUAGUGGAGAUGGCACUGGACUGCUUAAUUUAAUGCACAGUGUUAUGCAAAACCUUUUGUCUAGAGACUUACUCUACCCUGCCCUACAAGAUGUCAUAAGGAAGUAUCCAAAUUGGCUUGCCGAGAAGAAGGAUUCACUUGAAGAACAGCAGUAUGAAAAGUACAGUCAUCAGCUAGAAAUUAUGAAGCAAGUAUGUCAAGAGUUUGAAGCAGAAAAAGAUGAUGACAGUUCUGAGAUAAAAAAAGCACGAUUUGAAAGAAUUUUGGCCCUUAUGCACAAGAUGCAAGACUGUGGACAUCCACCAAAAGAAAUUGUAGGUGAAAUUAGUCCUGUGUUAGAGUUUGAUGAGCAAGGAAAUAUUAAGAUGCCUGAGCUUCCAAAUCAAAACUGUUGUAUAAUGUAAUUGGUUGUGACAUGUUCAAAAUGUGAUGAGAUAUUACAUAAUCGUAGUUAUACUCUUGGAUAAAGUUGUGGUAUUAUCUUCAUACAUUUUUGUCUGUUGCUGUUCUUUUCAGAUGACAGCAAAUGGUUUGAACCAUUACUCAUUCAUACUUAAAAAUACCCAAAUGAUAUUAUUAUUAAGUCCUUACAAUUGUAGUAUUAUGAUCAUGAAACAACACCAAAUAAUGUAAAAGGGAAAAACAAUGACACAUGUAUCUUAUGGCAAUGUAAUUGUGAAAGAAAUUUACCCACAACAUGAAGUUAGUAUUAAUUCAGAUUUGUGAAAGUUUCAGUUUUUACACUUGGGAAAAACUGAUGCAUUGACAAGAACAUACAUUUAGCUUGGGUUGUAAGUCCUUUUAUUGUACAAAUGCCUUUAAUAAACUUUUUCUGAAUUUUC